AUGGCAAGAGCCAACCUGAGCCGUAUAUUCUCAUCAAUCUCGGAGCUUUCCAUCCCCAAACCGUCUUUUACUAGUUUCAGAUCUGAGUCGUCGGCUCGGUCCGCUUCCAAUUCGGCCAGUCGGUUCGUGUGCUUCUCUGCUCAGCAACCUCAAUUGAACCAUGAAGAAAAACCUAACGAGGAAAAGCCGGAAGCGGUGAAGGAGAAUCUUGAAAUUGAGAAAAAAGAAGAAGAAGAAGAUGAAGAUGGGGAUCAUUUGAAUGAAGAGACGGGGGAGGUCGGCGGGCCCAGAGGCCCUGAGCCCACUCGCUACGGUGAUUGGGAACGCAAUGGUCGCUGCUACGACUUCUAA